UUCUUCUUCUUUUGGGGAAUAGAAUUUGUGUGAUUUUAAACUAUUGCUUGAUCGUGCAGUUCCAAGUUGACACAAUGGAGAACCAGCGAGGACAUGGAUCGUUCAUGAAUGGUUUCCCUCAAGAUCUUCCACCUCUUUUCAAACGCAUAACAGCUGAUGGAGUAGUGGGUUUUGAUGCCAGUUUCAGUUCACGAAGAGAUAGUAAUGGAACAGAGGUUGCACAUAACUGUGACAACCCAGCCAUUGCCGGCAUCCAAAAACCAAGUUUUUUCCUUCCAGGCGCAGCCGAAGCCCACAAUCGAUCACAUUCUGUUUCAUUUGGUUUUCAAGGCGCACCCUCCGCUCUGUGCAUUGACCGAUCGAAAAUAGACAUAUUAAUUUACAAUUCUGAUGCAAUAGUAAGCGAUGAGAGACUUUAUCAUUCAUCAGAGAUUCAUUCUUCUAGCUUCCCGCAAAAAAAGCAGACAAUGUUCCACUCGCAACGGAUGCCCGUUGACUUCCCUUCUGUCGAGAAAUUUGAGCAGGUUUUGCCGAGCGGGGAAAUAUUCGAGGACGAAAGCUACGAUUGUUUCAGGACAUGGUCUGGGAAACUCGAAAAUCGGAUUUCAAACCUGCACAGAAAGCCGCAGGAUCAGGCGAAGAUUCAUGAUUCUCAUGAUACAGAAUUUGAGGCUUUACCUUCAGUCGAUCGGUACUAUGAUGCCUUUGAAGCUCCAGAAUUGGAAGUACUAAAGGCAGGAGAGGAGUUGGUUCUGCCGGCAGACAAGACAUGGCCUUUCCUCCUCCGCUUUCCUGUAUCCUCUUUUGGAAUGUGCCUUGGUGUGAGCAGCCAAGCAAUGUUAUGGAAGACAUUUGCCAAAUCAUCAUCCCUGAGUUUUCUGAACGUAAGCACGGAUGUUAAUCUGGUCCUCUGGUUCAUCGCACUUGCAUUAAUUGUCUUAGUGGCAACCAUCUAUUCCUUAAAGAUAAUAUUUUACUUCGAAGCUGUUAAAAGGGAGUACUUCCAUCCAGUCAGAAUCAACUUCUUUUUCUCUCCAUGGAUCGCCUGCCUUUUUCUAGCCAUUGGAGUUCCACAACAGGUCACAAAGAACCUUCCUUGUUCCUUAUGGUAUGUGCUCAUGGCCCCCAUCCUGUGUCUGGAGCUCAAAAUAUAUGGCCAGUGGAUGUCAGGAGGUGAAAGAAGGCUUUCGAAGGUUGCAAAUCCAUCAAAUCACUUGUCCAUUUUGGGGAAUUUUGUUGGGGCUUUGUUAGGCGCAUCUAUGGGGCUGAAAGAAGGGCCAGUGUUUUUCUUUGCGGUUGGUUUGGCACACUACAUUGUGCUAUUUGUGACUCUAUACCAGAGACUUCCAACAAACGAGGCACUGCCGAAGGAGCUUCAUCCAGUCUUUUUUUUAUUUAUAGCUGCGCCUAGUGUUGCUUCCAUUUCAUGGGCCAAGAUUAAUGGCAGUUUUGAUCUGGGUUCAAGGAUUGCCUUCUUCAUUGCGAUGUUUCUCUAUGCUUCUCUUGCUGUUCGCAUCAACUUCUUCCGAGGAUUCAGGUUCUCACUUGCUUGGUGGGCAUACACGUUCCCCAUGACUGGAGCCGCCAUUGCAACAAUAACCUACACAGCUGAAGUCAGCAAUGCCAUCACAAAAACUCUUGCCAUUACUCUCUCCACCAUCUCUGCUGUCACAGUCUCAGCUCUUCUGGUCUCCACCAUCCUCCAUGCAUUUGUGUUCCAUAACCUUUUCCCCAACGAUAGUGCCAUUGCCAUCUCAUAUAAAAGACCCAAAUUGAGAAAGGAGCAGUUUCAUCCUUGGACACGAAGUUCAGAAGGAAGAGACAAUGAAUCUGUCUAAAGUUAGUGCAGUACCAUGAAUCUGUCUAAAGAUUUAUGAAGUUUGGUUUCUAAGUGCAGGGAUUCAGAAGUGAAUAUUGCAGUAUGGUAAGUGGGAAGUCAUGCUGGUGAAUGCAUGUUUUAGGAGAUGGCUACUGUGGAGGAUGGUGGCUCAACUGUAUCGCAUAAAUAAUAAUAAUAAUCAUAAGAAAAAGAGAACAUAAAUAAUAAGCAGUGGCUCCACUAUGUAAGAUGGGGCAGAUGCAACGUGUCAGAGGAUUAACCUGCAAAGCUUUAUGAUUGAAUUAUUAUAAAUAC